CCCCGGCCUCUGUAUUGCAAGGUGACAUUACGGAGGAUGGCUCUGUGGAUUGAGCUGUGCGGAGUGGUGACGUCUGCACAGUCACAGUCACAUGGUCUGGAUGCUGCGAGAGUCUUCACUUUAACCUCAUCUCGCUUCGUACCUCACAUCUGACACAGAAUCUCCUCCCUCCCAUCAUUCCACGACUGGGGACCUCCGCGUUCCGAGCAGAGCUAUAAGCCACGGGAUUGCCUGAUGGUUGCAUACUCCAGGUUACGAAUCCCGGGGCGAUAAGAUAAAGCGAGGAAGGCUGCGGCCGUCCAGACCCGCGGGCUUCGGAGGUGGCCGACAGCCUGCCUCUCCCCAUCCGGGACUGCUUUUUGGCUCGGGGGUGGCUUUAAAAAGUUUCAUCCCUGCUCGACUGCCUGCGCAUAUCCUUUCUGUCUGUGCAGAGUACUGUCUAUCUAACAUUUUCGCUCAUCCUUCUCCAUCCUCACCAUGUCGUCCCCAGUCACUGCGGCCCGCUACGGCAAGGACAAUGUCCGGGUAUACAAGGUCCACCGCGAUGAGAAGAUCGGCGUCCAGACGGUUGUUGAGAUGACCGUCUGCGUUCUGCUGGAGGGUGACAUUGAUACCUCCUACACCAAGGCCGACAACAGCGUGGUCGUCGCAACCGACUCCAUCAAAAACACCAUCUACAUCACCGCCAAGCAAAACCCCGUUACUCCCCCGGAGCUCUUCGGCUCCAUCCUCGGCAACCACUUCAUCACAAAAUACAAUCACAUCCACGCUGCCCACGUCCACAUCAUCACCCACCGCUGGACCCGCUUGACCAUCGACGGCAAGCCGCACCCGCACUCCUUCCUCCGCGAUGGCGAGGAGACCCGCAACGUCCAGGUUGAUGCCGUCGAGGGCAAGGGCAUCGACAUCACCUCGUCCCUGGCCAAGCUGACCGUGCUGAAGAGCACCAACUCGCAGUUCUGGGGCUUCGUGCGUGACGAGUACACCACCCUCCCGGAGACGUGGGAUCGUAUUCUCAGCACCGACGUGGAUGCGAGCUGGCAGUGGCGUCGGUUCAGCGGCCUGGAUGAGGUGCGCGCUACCGUGCCCCAGUUCGAUGCUACCUGGACUGCUGCGAGGGAUAUCACCCUCAAGACUUUCGCCGAGGACAACUCGGCUAGUGUGCAGAACACGAUGUAUAAGAUGGCGGAGCAGAUCCUGGACCGUCAGCCUCUGCUGGAGACGGUCGGGUACUCUUUGCCUAACAAGCAUUACUUUGAAGUUGACCUGAGCUGGCACAAGGGUCUCAAGAACACCGGCAAGGACGCUGAGGUGUAUGCGCCACAGACCAACCCGAACGGGCUGAUCAAGUGCACCGUUGGCCGCAACACCAAAGCCAAGCUGUAGGGUAUUGAUUCUGCAUCGAAAUGGAGUUCUGGCACAUGUAUAUAGGUCUUAGUUAGGGUAUAGCAUAUCACUUUAUGAUACAAUUGCAUCAGCGCAG